AUGGGGUACGCUUGUUUCUCGAAACAAGAUCUCGGGAAGCUAACAAAAGAGGAGAUCAAAUGCCUCUUUAUAGCUUCCCGAUUUGAGGGGGACCUUGAGGGUAAUGUGAAUAUGGGAUACUUGUUUAUCCAAAGGUGCCUUGAGAUUAAGAGGAGUACGGAGUUUAGAGGGGAGAUAAAAUGUGGUGGCAUGAUCACAAUAAUUGCCAAGGCUUUGGGUUUCACUAAUUGGGUUGAGCAAUUAACCCCGGUGAACGGGUCCAAUGUCCUUGACCUUGCCGGACUUGCCUCAAUGCAAAUGCUUGUGGAGAUCCGUGGCAAUGACACCACAUACUCUUGGUUGGUCAAGGGUAAGCACCGUUGCUUUCUCCCUAAUGCGGCGGAUAGUGACAACAGAAAUGGAAGUGAUGUAGACACGGACACCGACACUGAUGAGAUUCCUGCAAGUUUUCUAGAUCCUGAAGUUUGGGAAAAACGUGGGAGGUUUCGAGCAGCAAAAAACUUGAAUAGACCUGAUAGGAAGUGUAGGGAAAAGGCAGUAACACGUUGCGGUUGCAAAGCAUCAAUCAGUUUCAAGUGGGAUCACAGAUCCGAUUCAUGGUACGUUAAGGAUUUUUUAGCUGAGCAGAAUGGGCAUGACCCGAUUCCUAUGAAUCAGAUGAGCCAUAGAGAAGUAACUGAAGGUGAUAAGAUUCGUAUAAAAGCCUUAAUUAACUCUGGUGUGAAACCGUCCAUCACAAUGAGGAAUUUAACACAAAGUGCUGGGGGAAUACGUGAAUUAGGAUUCCUAAAGAAAGACUUAUACAACACAUGUGAGAAAUUCAAAAGAGAAGAAAUAAAGGACGGAGAUAAAGAAACUGGAGAUUACAAGGGUUUUGGGAAGGUAAUAGCAUUUGACGCGACUUACAAAGUCAACGCAUACCAGAAUUCAUUCGUUGUUGUCGUUGGAGUAAAUCAUCAUAGGAAAACUGUACCCUUAGGAGUUGCUUUGAUUGCAAACGAAAAAAUAGACACAUGCGAAUGGGUGCUACAACAAUUACUUGAGGUUGGUGGCAAUGUUGCUCCAUAUAUAGUUGUCACAGAUGGGGACAACGCCAUGGCUAGCGCUAUUAAGACUGUUUUCCCACAUGCGCAUCAUAGGUUAAGUCUGUGGCAUAUUAUGCACAAAAUCAAGGGCCACACAAACAAACGGUUUUGCAAUGGUUUUAUGAAAUGUGUAUACGGUGCUCGUACACCAAUUGAGUUUGAAGAGGCUUGGGAAGACUUUAUGAAAGCAUAUGAUAUAGUGAGAGAUAAAAAGUGGGCACAAAAUAUGUACAAUGACAAGGACAAAUGGGCGGAGGCUUUUAUGGUGGGAUAA